AUGCAGGAAAAAGACAGUGUAUCUAAGGAAGAGGUCGACGAAGUGCCUUUAGAUGAAGAGGUCAAGGUGAAAGAGCAGGGUUCCGCCAAGGACACUGCCCAGGAUACUGCGUCCUCACAGCCUGCUGUCGCGGUGAUAGAAGAGUCGGUCGAGCAAGAACUUACAAUAGUGCCAGGAGAGAAGGAGAAAAGUGGAGCUGUGGACACGAAGGCCAAAGAUGAUGCUGGGGAAGAGACUGCAAAGAAAGACGAUGAAGCUGCUGCCGCUGAGGCUGACGUAGGCUCUGAUGAGGAGCGUCCGCCGCUGCCCGUCAGAAAAUCGACUAAUGAGGUGCCCACCAAGAAAGACACCAAUCCGAUCUUGGCGCAGUUGAAAGAGGCUUUUCCUGGAAUUGAGGACAAAUACGUGAAGGCGGUGCUGAUCGCGUCGCAAGGCGCGCUGGACCCGGCUUUCAACGCGUUGUUGUUCCUCUCGGACCCCAGCUUCGAGGCUGAGGCGCCAUUGCCCGCUACUGCGCCCGUCGCGACUGCCGAGCCCCGCCGCGCGCUCACGCAAGUGGAGCAGGACGAGCUGCUGGCGCGCAAGCUCGACGAGCAAUUCAACCACGACCGUCACCGUCGCCGCAACAUGGACAGCGAGCGCGCUGCUCGCGAGCGCCGCAUUCAAAACCGCCAGAGGGAGUAUGAGAGGCGAAACGCGCAGCGUGACGCGCCUCCUCCGGGCAAUGACCGCUACUACGACGAUUACAACGACGACGACGACUUCUUGAGCCAGCUGGUCGACAAGGACCUGCCCGAGCUGCGUGAGAAAGUCGGCCGCCAGGUACAAGAGACCAGCAAGCGGGUCAACGACUGGAUCAGCGGAUUCCGUAAGUCGUGGGCGCAGGAACCGCAGCCAGAGGAUGAGCCCAUACGGCCCGCGGGCCGCACGGCGCGCUUCAAUUCCUUUGGCGCACAGGUAGGCGAAGACCCAACCGAACCUGCGAGCCGGCUCUCGAGCCACGGAAUCUCGCUUCGCGACGCAGAUCGCAGCGAUGACGACGAAGAUAUCCCACCCCAAUUGCCCUCGCGCAACAGGGAAAAAGAAGUGGUGCCCGAGACCACCUACAUCGAUACGCCCGAUGUGUCUACACGUAAGAAGUGGCAGCCGCUUUCUCCCGAACCACUCAACGCCUCUCCUAGCAAGACACCCAGCAAGCCCUCCAGCAAGCCUGACGACAAGGCGGCAGAACCAGUGGCCGCGGCUGUCACCCCCAAGAAGAACCCGGACGAGGACGAGUUUCUCAUCAACAGUGACGACGAGAUGUAA